CGGGCCCGCGCUCCCCUCCCCCAGCGGCGCAGACGAGCCCCCCGAGGCCCCGAGAGGUGACGUGACUGUGAGGCCCGAGGUGGGCUUCCCCGCUCCCACUCCCGACGCGUCCCGCAGCCCGGCCCUGGAUGAGCAACAACAGUAAUAAGAGAGCACCAACAACAGCAACCCAGAGGCUUAAACAAGACUACCUUCGAAUUAAAAAAGACCCAGUGCCUUAUAUUUGUGCUGAACCCCUCCCUUCGAAUAUUCUGGAAUGGCACUAUGUUGUCCGAGGACCUGAGAUGACUCCUUAUGAAGGUGGCUAUUAUCAUGGAAAACUAAUUUUCCCCAGAGAAUUUCCUUUUAAACCUCCUAGUAUUUAUAUGAUAACUCCCAAUGGAAGAUUUAAAUGUAAUACAAGGUUAUGCCUUUCAAUCACUGAUUUCCACCCUGAUACAUGGAAUCCAGCUUGGUCAGUCUCAACAAUCUUGACGGGUCUGCUCAGCUUUAUGGUGGAAAAGGGCCCCACAUUGGGCAGCAUAGAAACUUCAGACUACACAAAAAAACAACUUGCUGCACAGAGUUUGGCAUUUAACUUAAAAGACAAAGUAUUUUGUGAACUCUUUCCUGAUUUGGUGGAGGAGAUAAAACAAAAACAGAAAGCACAAGAUGAACUCAGUAGCCGACCCCAGCCCCUCCCGCUGCCAGACGUGGUCCCCGACGGGGACACUCACCACGCUCAGAACGGGCUCCAGCUGCUAAACGGGCACGUGCCGAUGGCCGGCCCCAACCACGCGGGCCUGCAGCAGGCCAACCGCAACCACGGACUCUUGGGGGGCGCUCUGGCCAACCUCUUUGUCAUAGUCGGCUUCGCCGCCUUUGCCUACACAGUCAAGUAUGUCCUGAGAAGCAUAGCUCAGGAAUGAGGCUCACGCCGGGAUUCCAAGACCUUGGUCGGAGCGGAACGAGUGAGACUCUGGGCAGCGGAGCGUGACCCUGGGACGGAUGACAAACAAGCUGGGUCUGGUCCUGCUGGGCUCCUGGGGUUUAGUUUUGGAAGCCUUUACAAAACACAAACAAAGCCAGACCCCAGAGCGGGCACGGCUGGGAUCCGAGAAAUAUGUGAGAGUCUUGAAUUCCUGUCUUCUUAACCUCCCUGUGUGUCUGUGGCCGUAGAGCACCUCUGCGCUGUGGACGAGAAGCCGGCGCUCGUGACGCUCGCUCUCUUAGUGCGGGCCCCCAUCCACUUUGUUGGACCUGUUUGAAGUAAACACGUUUUUCAUUUUACAUAAUUCGGUCGUUCAGAAAACCUGAAACUCAAUGCCUAGCCCUCGUUGUAUGUACUGUUUUUAGUUUAGGUGAAGGACUCUGGUCUGGAGUGAGACGGAAGUGGCCAGUAUCCCAGUCGGGAGGCGGCCGGGGGGCUCACGGGGCUGCCCUGCGGCAGCCUGAACACCCCCCGGCGGAGGGCUGAGCUUCGGCCAGGCUCGGUGUUGGCUCCUCGCUGUUUUGGUUUUUGGUUUUCGUCAAAAUAUGGAUGUCUUAAUAAGGCUUAGGGCGAACUCUUAGGAGUUCAGGUAGCCAGUCAACUGUUAGAUGCUUCUGCUGGCCAGUGACAAACUCUUAGACUUAUCCGGGGCCAGCCUCGAUUUAUCUCAGCAUUUUUAGUGUGUUUAUGUUCACUUAGAAUGACAAAAGAAAUGACUUUUAGGAAAGGGUUUUUUCCUUCUAUACCACCCUCCUCCCCCCCCAAACACAUGAAAUUAAGAUUCUGUUUUGCUUUCUGAUCGCAAGAUGUCAUUGUUUACUUAAAUAAAUCUGCAGAGAAACUGACAGGCUGCUCAGAAUGUGUUGCGUUUGUCGCAGAUUCCCCUGGAGGGCUUGUAGUGGAGAGAGCAAUAGAUGCUGUCUGGUGGCGGACACUCUAGGGCGGGGCGGAGGAGACAUUCUCCUGCCCACACAAGGAUCUCCUCUGGCCUCAGCUCUCUUGUCCGUCACUAUUGAGCUGUUCUCUUCCUUCAGGCAAUUGGCAGAGCCCACCUGUGACCACAUCGAUCCCUGCAGGUCUCUCCCCUUGAUGCAGGUGCCCCUCAGACAUCCACCGGCUGGCCUGGGGCCUCUCGCUUUGUCCCUGGUUCCUUAGUUCAGGAUUGCUUUUUGGUCCCCUGUGGAAGACAUGAAAUCCCGCUCUGUGUACAUGGCCUUUUCCCGAAGGGAUUCCGAUAGAGUUGGAGACUUCCUUUCUCAAGCUGCAGACUUGUUUGACUCAUAUUUUGACUUGGUCUGGAGGCAGUUUUUCCGCCUAUUGCAGUAGGGUGUGAUGGGUCCCACUCCACAUGAUGACAGAUUCCCAGCUGGGAAGACGAGUCCAGAAGGAAUGGAAUGGUCCGCAGAGAAAAAUCCGCUCCACGGCGGCUGGCCAGGAACUGUCUGUCCUGUGUGCCCAGUGAGGGUCCGCGAGAGCAGACUUUCCUCGUGCUUAGAAACCACCUUGGAGGUGCGUGGUCUCUGCUUCCCUGGCAAGGAAGCGCCAUGUUCCUUCAGAGCGGUAGCACGUAGCCCAUCAGCCGUUUCUGGGACCAGUUUUCUCUGUAGCGGGUGACCAACUAGGCUAAUAGGCCAGCACUUGAGGGAGGCAGUUGCAUUGCUCCCCUUCUUCUAGGGAUGGCGCAGGAGGGAAGAGAUCUCUCAUUACAGCAAAAACCAGAACCCCCCCUGAUUUCUAAGCCUUUGCCUUUCUUAGGAUUGUUUUUAAAUCUAUCACUUUGUAUGUUUCUGUCUGUCUUUCUAGAGCUAGUUGUUUUGAUCUGGGUCUUGGGAGAAGGGAUGUCUCGUUAUGUGUCCUACUGUGCCGAGGCUGGGAGCUGGGUAGUCUGUAAUGGGCAAGCCCAUUUUGCCCGUCCCGGAGUGAGCUUGCUCCCGGGGCUCCCCAGCUCUUCCACCUUCGGUUCCAGAUAUGCCGAUGGAAUGCCCCACUGGGAAGGCAACGUCCAGUUGUCCCGUCCUCAGUAACUGGAGGUGGCAGAGGUGGAAAGAGCAUCGAAAUUGGAAGGGUUGGUGGCUGGUGGCUUUCUGGCAGGAAGAGGGAUGGAAAGAGGCAGUGUGGAAUCAGCCUCCCUGGGAAAUGCCGAAACCCUUUUCCUUGCUGCCCUGCCACGCGGCUGGUCUGCGGCCUCCCAGCUUUGCUCUCUGUCCCUCCCCUCCUUCCCUCCCCAGUGGUGCCUUCCCCCUAAGCUGCCCUCCGUUGCCUAGGAGAUGAGGGAGGAGGCCUGAUUGUGCAGCCAUGGCUACGCAGCUGGGCCUGUGCACACAGGGAGCCCCUCGAGGCCGGUCUGCAAUCUUGACCUUUUUCUCUUCUCAAACCGAAGGCAGCUUGUCUUCCAGGCUGAAAUGUGGUCCAUGAUGCUAGGACCCUGAAUGAUCCAAAUGGUAGACAGCAAAGCCAACUUCCUUUUUCUGCUGAUGGAACUGAUGGGGUUCUGACCCUUGUUCUGUCUUGAUUUCCUUGGAAAAGGUUUGGGUCAGACUCCUGACCACUUUUGGAAAUGGGCAGAAAUGUUUUCCCCCUCUUUUUUAAGUCCCAUGACUCUGCUCAGCCUUAGUUAAUUUUUUUAAAUCACAUGUUUUGGGCUGUGAUAAAGUUUUGUUUUUUUUUUUUCCUCCCUCAAUCUCUUCAUGAAAAUGUUGUGUCUUAUUGCUGGAAAAGUUGAGACUCUUUGUUAUGCAGAUUAGAAGUGACCACAUUGUAAAGCUGUUUAAAUAAAAGAAGGAAAAUCUCUUACAGAAAA